AUGGCUGAACCGAUCCCUGCUGGGGAGCAAUCCAACUACGAGACCUUCCGCGACUGCAUGAGCGAACCUAUCAUCAAAGUUCUGGCUGCACCAAUCGAGAAACCGAAACCGAAGAAGAAGAGACAUGCGAAAAAAGGCUCAAAGAGUGGGAAGAAUGAAGUCAUGAAGCAGGAAUCUACAGAGGCGAAUACCGAUGGAAGCGAGGAAGGAACAGAUGCCGAAGACUUGGGGGAAUUCAUCGAAUAUCUGAGCACCCUAAUCUUCCCAUCUCUACCUCACGAACUGCGCACACUUACGCACUCCAUCUUCAAAGACUCGCCCAACCUCCAAGACCUCUACACAACCCCCCUUUCAGCCUCAACAUAUACGACCCUCCUCCAACGCAUUCCACCUACCGCAAUCGACAGCCUAGAAAGCUACGGCCUCCUUCCACCUACCUCCGACAGCAUCGACCAACACAACCUGCUCACACCUCUCCUCACAACGUACAUCUCUGCCGUCACCGCGCCACCACCCAUAUGGAGCAGCACGCGUGCUACGGCAUGUGAACUUUGCGGCAGGGACUGGGUGCCGUUGACAUACCACCAUCUUAUUCCAAAAGCAGCGCAUGCGCGCGUGAGGAAGAGGGGUUGGCAUACAGAAGAUAAGCUGAACAGCGUGGCGUGGUUAUGCAGGGCUUGUCACAGUUUUGUGCACAGGUUAGCUGGAAAUGAAGAGUUGGCCAAGAGCUUUUAUACGGUUGAGCUGAUACAGGUGGGCGGUGUGGAGGAGGAUGUGGAGAAGAGGGAGAGUGUUGAGGGAUGGGUCAAGUGGGUUGGAGGGGUGCGGUGGAAGAGUAGGUAG